AAAGAGUGACGACAAGUUCCGUUGUGCAAUUGGCCAUACAAUUUCUUAUCCUUUUAGCCAAAGUGAUACAGGAAAAGUCUCUCUACCUUGCUGUAGCCAUGGAGCUCUUCACUCUGCAGACUAUCCUCUUCUUCUCCUUCAUUUUUCUAUCCUUCCACCUUUACUUCACCAUUUCAAACAAAAGAACCAUAAACACAGGCUUCAAAAACUACCCUAUUAUCGGAAUCUUACCGGAUUUUAUUAAAAACAGGCAUCGAUUCCUUGAGUGGUCAACCGAUACACUGAUAAGUUGUCCCACUAACACUGCUUUCUUAUACCGCCCUCCUAAAAUUCGCGGCAUCAUCACGGCGAAUCCGUUAAACGUCGAGCAUAUUCUCAAGACCAACUUUGAGAACUACCCAAAAGGCGAUAAGUUCAUCUUCCUUCUUGAAGAUUUUCUCGGUCGAGGAAUCUUUAACUCCGACGGGGAGUUGUGGAAAGUCCAGAGGAAAACUGCGAGCUAUGAGUUCAACACAAAAUCGCUCCGAAAUUUCGUCAUGGAGAAUGUUCGGUCCGAGAUUAUGUCAAGAUUCGUUCCGAUUUUAAGCAAAGCCUCAAAAUCAGAACAAGUGGUGGAUUUACAAGAUAUUCUAGAGCGGUUUGCCUUUGAUAACAUUUGUAAAGUAGCUUUUAAUGUUGAUCCUGGUUGUCUCGACGGAGAUGGAACCGGCAGUUCCGACUUUAUGCGAGCUUUUGAAGAUGCAGCAACGCUUAGUGCAGCGAGAUUUCGGGCUGUGUUUUCUUUCAUAUGGAAAAUCGAGAAGUUAUUAAACAUAGGAUCAGAAAGGGUACUGAGGAAUUCAAUUAAAAUCGUCCAUGAAUUUGCUAAUGAUAUUAUUCACAAAAGAAUGGAAGCAAGAGCAAAAAAUAAGGACGAAGAUUUACUCUCCCGAUUUAUCGGAAAUGAUGAGCACUCACCCGAAUUUCUCCGAGAUAUCGUCAUAAGCUUCAUUCUUGCAGGCCGAGACACAACCUCUUCCGCUUUAAGUUACUUCUUUUGGUUAUUAUCUUCCCGUCCAGACGUUCAGCAAAAGAUACUGAAAGAACUAGAGUUAAUUCGGGUCCGAAACGGGAAAAGUUUCGGCGAUAUUUACAGUUUUGAUGAGCUACGAGACAUGCAUUAUUUACACGCAGCAAUAUCUGAAGCGAUGAGAUUGUACCCGCCUGUACCGAUCGACACAAAAGCUAGCAACAGCGACGAUAUCUUGCCGGACGGGACAUUUAUCGGCAAGGAAUGGUUUAUAUCCUAUCAUACAUAUGCGAUGGGGCGAAUAGAGAGCAUAUGGGGCAAGAAUUGCCAAGAAUAUUUGCCGGAACGGUGGCUGGAAAAUGAAAUAUAUCGGCCGGAAAACAUGUUUAAAUAUCCGGUUUUUCACGCCGGGCCGAGAAUGUGUUUGGGAAAAGACAUGGCGUACAUUCAGAUGAAGUCAAUUGCAGCAUCUGUCAUUGAGAGAUUCGUGAUUGACGUGCAGAAGAAAGAUAAGUCUCCAGAGCACGUGUUAUCUUUGACUCUGAGGAUGAAAGAUGGCUUGCACGUGAGGGUGAGGGCGAGAUGUGUGGACGAGAUCAAACGAGCUUGACUUCCCGGAAAGGAAGUUGGUUAUUUCUGUAGAUUCCGGCCGUGCUUUAAAAAAAAAAAAAAAUUAAAAUAAACUAUCAACGAAUAAUGCAGACCUGAAAGUCGUGACGCUCUUGCUGCUGUAGAAGAAGCCAAAGUGCAAUGGGACAAGCAUGUAAACACGACCCCACUUGCAGUGAAUUAUAUUGUAUCACGGGAGCAAGAGCCGUUAAUGGCUUUAGCUCGCAGAAAUAUCUUAGAUAUGAUUCUAAAAUAUGAUAAAAUAUAGUGUACUUUUUUAUUUAUCUAUUAUUUUAUUUUUCUUCUCACUAGUA